UUGGUGACGCGCGACUUAGCAGUUUGAAGAAUGAAACAGACAAGGAUGAAACCUUGCAAAAAGUCAGAAUUGUCAUCACCCAAUGACAAGAGUCAACUGCCUGCUGAACUCUCUCCAUACUACAGCUUCAGAGAUGAGCUUUCUGUGCAAGACAGGCUGAUAUUCAAAGGUGAAAGAAUUGUAGUUCCCAUAUCACUGCGUUCUAGCAUGAAGAGGGAGAUACACUCAACGCACACAGGAAUCGAAGGCUGUCUGAAGAGAGCUCGCGAGUCAGUAUUUUGGCCUGGAAUGAAUGCAGAAAUCAAACAGUAUGUGUCCACCUGUAAAACCUGCCAGUCAGUUCAGCGAUCACAAAAGAAAGAAACACUGUUGAGUCAUGAAGUCCCUUCCCGCCAGUGGGAAAAAGUUGGCAUAGACCUUUUUGAAUUUGAUGGUAAAGAUUACCUUGUAACAGUGGACUACUUCAGCAAUUUUUUUGAGAUCGAUCUUUUGGAAAACACUAGAUCACAGACGAUCAUCAAGAAGCUCCAAUCCCAUUUUGCCAGAUACGGAAUCCCUUGCACCGUGGUUAGUUACAACGGACCUCAAUUCUCAUCAGACUCUUUUGCCAAAUUUGCUUCCGAGUGGGAUUUUGAACACUGCCCAAGCAGUCCUCAUUAUCCCAAAUCAAAUGGAAAGGCAGAAUCGGCUGUUAAGAUCGCCAAGACGAUUCUGAAGAAAAACAAGAACCAAGAGCUCAUGGCCCUGUUAAACCACCGCAACACACCGAACCAAACCGGGACAAGUCCAGCGCUGUCGUUCCUGAACCGGAGAACCAGGACCCUCAUGCCUACUACCAAGAAUUUGCUGCAGCCAAGGACAAUCGAGCCUGACAAACACAAAGAAGAACUUCACAAGAAGCAGAGAAAAGCAGCGGAAUUCUACAACACUGAUGCAAAAGAUCUGCCAGUCUUACAUGAAGGUGAGAUACUGUGAUGAUGAGGCCGUACGUUCAAGGUUUUAAGAAAUGGACCAGUGGAACCAUUACAAAACAACUUGAUCAAAGGUCAUACGAGGUUGAAUCCGGAGAACCAACAUACCGUCGCAACCGAGUGCACUUGAAGAAAGUGCUGCCAUCCCCCUGCUGAUCAUGCCCCUAUUCCCACUCCAUCUGACCUUGCUGCGCCUCUACCCACAACUGACCUCCAGAGCCCUGCAGCUGUUCAGCCCACGACGUCCUGCAGGCGACAACUUAUCACGCCACAAAUGGAGUCUGAUAGUCCGGCAGGAUCCAAUCCCUUUCAUGGCUCCACAACCCCAGUGCGGUCUGCAACACUAACUACUCGAACACGUUCCGGUCAUGAGGUUAAAAUACCCAAGAUGGAAGACUUUGUAUAUUGACUGUACGACGUAUGCAUGAAUUUGUGUCACAACAAUAACGAACAGUACUAACGUUUGAAAUCGUGACUUAUUCGCGACUUAGCUCAAGUCGGUGAUUCUUUAAUUUUCUUAUUCGUUGGUGUUCAUUUGUUAUUGAACUUUUUAAACGGGGGAGGAUGUUACAAUAUCUUAGUUACGCCCCUUGACUCACUCUCUGGUGUGUGAGUCUGAGCUAUUCGUCUAAGUAAACAUAACCGUUGUCUUGGAGUGUGUAUUCCGUUCGUAAUAAGGCAGGACGCUAUGAAACAUAACAAAUACCUCCCUGGAA